UAAAUGUGCUUGAUAAUAUGAGUUUCUCAGUCAGAGAGAGACAAGGAGGAGGAAAUAGACCCUCCUGAGAUUUGGGCUGUAACGCAAAGUGACGGAGAGCAGGGGAGACAGAUUACAGGUGGAGAAGGAGUGAUAUCAAAAGAGAACAAGAGAGAGAAGCAGAGAGAGAGAAAACACUGACAGAAUAUUAGAGAGAAUAUUUCAUAUUUGCUAGAGAGGUAAAAGAGAUCACAUCUGUGAGUGAAUUUUAGCUUGUGAGUGAUAUCUCUUCAAGUUGGUCCUCGAGAGGUUCUUUGAUUUCUCUGCCAACUUCAUUCUGGCUCGCAAACACCUCCACAAGAACAACAAUGCAGCAAAUCUGGCUCUCUCUACUAUCUGGCCUCUGCCUUCGCCUGGUUUUCUAUUGCAGUGCUGAGGAGGGUCUCGAGUUCCCUAAUUUUGAUGGGAAGGACAGGGUGCUGGACAUCAACGAGCGCAACUACAAGAAGGCUUUGAAGAGAUACGACCUGCUGUGUCUGUUCUACCAUGAACCUGUGCCAGCCAACAAGGGUCUACAGAAGCGGUUCCAGAUGACAGAGCUGGUACUGGAGCUCACAGCUCAAGUCCUGGAGAACAAAGAUAUUGGUUUUGGGAUGGUGGACUCCCAGAAGGAUGUCAAAGUAGCCAGAAAACUAGGUCUGGAGGAGGUGGGCAGCUUGUAUGUUUUCAAGGACGACCGUGUCAUUGAGUUUGACGGGGAGCUUUCAGCAGACACAUUGGUGGAGUUCCUGCUGGAUGUGUUGGAGGACCCAGUGGAAAUGAUCAAUAAUGCCAUGGAGCUGCGAGCCUUUGAGAGAAUGGAGGAGGACAUCCGCCUCAUCGGCUACUUUAAGGGAGAAGACUCAUACUAUAAAGCUUUUCAGGAGGCGUCAGAGCGUUUUCAACCUUACAUCAAGUUCUUUGCUACAUUUGAUAAAUCUGUAGCCAAACAUCUCUCCCUCAAGAUGAAUGAGGUGAAUUUCUAUGAGCCGUUUAUGGAGGAGCCUGCCAUCCUGCCAGGCAGACCUCUGACAGAGAUGGACAUUGUUGAGUUUGUCAACCAACACAGACGGGCUACACUGAGGAAGCUCCGGGCAGAGAAUAUGUUUGAGACAUGGGAAGACGACAUGGAUGGGAUACAUAUUGUUGCGUUUGCUGAGGAAGAAGAUCCAGAUGGAUAUGAGUUCCUGGAGAUCCUGAAAGACGUGGCCAGAGACAACACCAACAACCCUGAACUCAGCAUUGUCUGGAUCGAUCCUGAUGACUUUCCUCUGCUGACCACUUACUGGGAAAAAACCUUCAAGUUGGAUCUGUUCAGACCUCAAAUUGGUGUUGUCAACGUAACAGAUGUAAGUAAGAGUCUUACUGCACCAAAGCUGGACAGCGUGUGGCUCGACAUGUCCAACGACGAGGACUUGCCCACUGCGGAGGAGCUAGAGGACUGGAUAGAGGACGUCCUGUCAGGGAGGGUGAACACAGAGGACGAUGACGAGUCUGCUGAUGACCAGGAAAACUCUGACAGCUACAACACAGAGGACAGUGAUGAAAGUCAUGACGAUGAUGAUGAUGAUGACAGUGAUGACUAAACUGAAUGUCUGGGGCUGAUGUCUCAGCAGUUCAGACAAGGGUCAAAAUACUAAACUGAACUUGCUUGGCACAUUAGAAACAGAUUCUUGAUUAAUUCAUUUUCCAUAAAAAGUUCUUGUAAAAUGCUCCCAUUUCAAAUAAUAAAACAAAGUAAAGAAAUUUAAAGUCUCCCAAAAAUACAAAAUGUAGAUUAUGGUUUAGUCAGACUGAUAAAACAGAGCUGAUUAAAGGUCAUCAUGGGAACGUUUGUGGCCCAGUUUAUAAUAAAGUUAGCACAGUGCCUAGAGCAAUAAUUCUCCUGAACUCACCAAGGAUCAUGUAAGUUAAAACUGCAAUAAUGGAUUUUUUUGGCCACAUGGGGCAACACAAGAAACUGUAAACAAAACUCAGAUAUAUAACCUCUUAAGUUGCUACAGCUAAUGUAUUUGCAAACAGUUGCCUACUUACAAAAUGAGCGGAUAGAAAGUUACAUUAGCAUUUAUUUGAAUCCUGUUGGCCAAAAAAUGUCAUGUUCAUGUUCAAUAUUCAUUCUGUUUAUAUGUAUCUGUCUUUCUGUGCUAACUCCAAUAUGAUGACCAGUUAAUUCCUAACUUUGUCUGUUUUGGUGAUGGGCAGGUAGUGUACUGUGGGUUUUCAUUUGUAACAGCUACCUGUUGUGUUUGAAAGAGAACAGGCCAGAGUGAAUCAAAACAUCAAAACGUUAAAGCUGCAGGCUCAGAAACCAUAACAAUGAGCUUAAAAAAUGUUGCUAUGAGUGACACUCUUCAUAUUACACUCAGUAAAAAAAAUAGGAUUAUAGAAGCUUUAAGGUUGAUAUAGGUGUGUAUAUGAAACUAUGUGAAAAUAAUUGACACAUGUUUUUGUUCUAAAUAGUGUUUAAAUUGUUUUCUUGUGAAAAAAAGAGAACAGUUCUAUAUAACACAAAUCCUAAAAGAACAUAUUAAAAGCACUUUUUCGAUGCAGACUUGGUGCAAAUUUCCACAGUGUAAAGCAGAGUAAAUAAAAGUACAUACAACUAUGUGCACAUCUUUUA